CGGGCGCGGCGAGCGCGGGCCUGUGGAGCGGCAGCCGGGCGCGCGGCCCCGGCGGGCACCUCUCAGAGGGCGGCCGAGGAAGCUCCGGGAGGAGGAGGAGAAACCGGAGGAGGCGGUGGGAGGCGGCGGCUGCCGGGGGACCCGCUCCGCGCGUCGGCCUCUCCGCCCCCUCCCCAGUCUUUCUCUUGCUCUCUUYUCUCACACGCCGGGCCGGCGCCUCGGCUUUGUGCGAGGAGAUGGUGUAGCCCUCUGGCCGCCGAAGCAGGAGCCGGACACUUGUCUCCCGUCUCCGAGCUGCGUCCCCGCCCCUGGAGGAUAGACCCCCUCGGCUCGGCGUCCCCCGGCUGCUGGGGAAGCCUCCGCGCCGCCGGCACCAUGAGUGAACAGAGUAUCUGUCAGGCAAGAGCUGCUGUGAUGGUUUAUGAUGAUGCCAAUAAGAAAUGGGUGCCAGCCGGUGGCUCAACUGGGUUCAGCAGAGUUCAUAUAUAUCACCAUACAGGCAACAAUACAUUCAGAGUGGUGGGCAGGAAGAUUCAGGACCAUCAGGUUGUGAUAAAUUGUGCCAUUCCUAAAGGGUUGAAGUACAAUCAAGCUACACAAACCUUUCACCAAUGGCGAGAUGCCAGGCAGGUGUAUGGUCUCAACUUUGGCAGCAAAGAGGAUGCCAAUGUCUUCGCAAGUGCCAUGAUGCAUGCCUUAGAAGUGUUAAAUUCACAGGAAGCAGGGCCAACAUUGCCUAGACAAAAUUCACAACUACCUGCUCAAGUUCAAAAUGGUCCAUCCCAAGAAGAAUUGGAAAUUCAGAGAAGGCAACUGCAAGAACAGCAACGACAGAAGGAGAUGGAAAGGGAAAGGCUGGAGAGAGAAAGAAUGGAAAGGGAAAGGUUGGAGAGAGAGAGGCUGGAGAGGGAACGGCUGGAACAAGAGCAGCUGGAAAGAGAAAGGCAAGAACGAGACCGGCAGGAGCGCCUGGAGCGGGAGAGGCUAGAGCGCCUGGAGCGGGAGAGGCAAGAAAGGGAGCGACAGGAGCAGCUGGAAAGGGAACAGUUGGAAUGGGAAAGAGAACGCAGAGUAUCAAAUGCUGCUCCAUCUUCAGACAGCUCCCUGUAUAAUGCUCCACUUCCUGAGUAUUCCAGUUGCCAGCCUCCUUCAGCACCUCCUCCAUCAUAUGCUAAAGUCAUCUCAGCUCCAGUGUCAGAUGCCACUCCUGAUUACGCUGUAGUGACUGCUUUGCCACCUACUUCCACACCCCCUACACCACCAAUGCGACACUCAGCGACACGUUUUGCAACAUCUUUAGGUUCAGCCUUCCACCCAGUUCUUCCCCAUUAUGCUACAGUUCCUCGUCCUCUGAACAAAAACUCUCGACCUUCUUCUCCUGUGAACACACCCUCUUCUCAGUCUCCAGCUGCGAAGCCUUGUGCCUGGUCUACUUCCAAUUUCUCGCCCCUCCCUCCAUCUCCUCCAAUAAUGAUUAGCAGUCCCCCCGGCAAAGCUACUGGCCCAAGACCUGUCCUCCCCGUUUGUGUUUCUUCUCCUGUGCCCCAAAUGCCUCCAUCACCGACAGCACCCAAUGGGCUGCUGGACUCAGUAGCAUACCCAGUGUCUCCACCGCCUACCUCAGGGCCAGCAGCACCGCCACCGCCACCGCCUCCACUGCCUUCCCUCGCAUCACUCUCACACUGUGGAUCUCAAGCUUCUCCUCCUCCAAGCACCCCUAUUGCCUCAACUCCCUCAUCCAAGCCCAGUGUUCUCCCUUCUCCCUCUGCAGCUGCCCCUGCCUCUGUGGAGACUCCUCUAAACUCUGUGCUGGGAGACUCCUCUGCUUCUGAGCCAGGCUUGCAGGCAGCCUCUCAGCCGGCCGAGACUCCAGCCCAACAGGGUGUUAUUUUAGGACCACCUGCACCCCCGCCUCCCCCACCACUCCCACCAUGUCCUGCUCAGGCCUCAGCACUUCCUCCUCCCCCAGGACCUCCUCCACCACCUCCACUGCCAUCCUCCGGGCCUCCACCUCCUCCUCCUCCUCCCCCACUUCCUAAUCAAGUGCCCCCUCCUCCACCACCACCUCCUGCCCCUCCCCUCCCCGCAUCUGGAUUUUUCUCCGGAUCUGUGUCAGAAGACAAUCGCCCUUUAACUGGACUUGCAGCUGCAAUUGCUGGAGCAAAACUUAGGAAAGUGUCACGGAUGGAGGAUGCCUCUUUCCCAAGUGGAGGAAGUACCAUCAGCGUGAACUCAUCCAAAACAGAUACAAGUCGUGGAAAUGGACCACUUCCUUUAGGGGGUAGUGGUUUAAUGGAAGAAAUGAGUGCCCUGCUGGCCAGGAGGAGAAGAAUUGCUGAAAAGGGAUCAACAAUAGAAGCAGAACAAAAAGAGGACAGAAGUGAAGAUUCAGAGCCUGUAACUUCCAAGGCUUCUUCAACAAGCACACCUGAACCAACCAGAAAACCUUGGGAAAGGACAAAUACAAUGAAUGGCAGCAAGUCACCUGUUAUCUCCAGACGGGAUUCUCCAAGGAAAAAUCAGAUUGUUUUUGACAACAGGUCCUAUGAUUCAUUACACAGACCAAAAUCCACACCCUCAUCACAGCCCAGUGCCAAUGGAGUCCAGACAGAAGGACUUGACUAUGACAGACUGAAGCAGGACAUUUUAGAUGAAAUGAGAAAAGAAUUAACAAAGCUAAAAGAAGAGCUCAUUGAUGCAAUCAGGCAGGAACUGAGCAAGUCAAAUACUGCAUAGAGAAGCAAACUAAGGAGAGAUACAGAACUUUUUAAUCUGGAGAGAAAAAGAAAAAUUUCCUAGAAUCCUCCUAUUCUUCCCUCCCCCUCCCCGCAACCCCACAAUGAUUUUAUGAGCUGUAAGAAGAAAAUGGAGACAACCAGUCAGAAGGAGGGAGAAACCGACAUCCUCUGAAAGCCUUCAGAUAUUAUGACUCUGGUGAUCAGUUAUUUCCCUCCCAGUUUGCUGCUUUUUUCUGACCUUUACCACAGGAUGGAAGAGAGUCGUAUACGAGUUCCUGUUAACGGUUAUGCAGAAAAUACUAAGCUCGUCAGGCAAGAUCACCAUGCAUUGAAAUAUUUUCAUGUUGAGAUAAAACUGCACAUUUUCCACAAUCCAUUGCUAAAAUAAAGAAGAGAAAGGCUUAUGAAGUUUUUUUUCACCCCCUAGAGAGUGCUGAUGAAGAAUUUAGCAAGUUCUGCUAUUGUAUUGUAAAUGUUUCUCAGGUUUGUCUUCCUAUCAUAUUUGAUAUUCCAUGAAUAAUGAGAUCAGCCCUGUGUAGGUUAAGAUCAUAAACUGGAACAAAUGAAAUUAUAUUGCUUUCAAAGGGUGAUAUUUGUCAGAAAGUGUCCUAAAAAUGAUUGGUCCAGCUUGAGGAAUUUUAGAAUGAUAGGAAGUCUCUCAAGUUAGCCUUCAUGCAAUUUUGUAGUUUAAAACAUAAUAUUCAUCCAGAAUUUAAAGAUUUAGAUGCCUUCCUAAAUUGUUACAAUGCUUUACCAAAUCUAUGACUUCUACAUAACACAAACCAGUGGUCAAAUGUAAAACAAUAUACUGUAGAUUUACUGUAGGUUUUCAACCUUUUUUAGAUUUAUGCAUGUGGACAUUUUUAUAAUGUACUUACAGUCACCACAAUGUUAGCUUUUUUAAUUGCAAACAGUAAUGCAUGUCACACUAAUAUGUAGUGGCCUUUUCAAGGCUGAGUCCCAGGGAAAACAUUUUGUAGAAUAUAGGGAAAUGGGAGGAAGGGAAGGAAUAAUUUUUUAUUUGAAGUUAAUUUCUGCACUAUCUUUUUUCUCAAUUACCUGCAUGAAUAAUAAUGAGGAAUAUUUUGUGACUUUAAUUGGUAAAUAUGUUAACAAAACCAAGUACUUAACCUUUACAUCAUGUCUUCAGCUAUUUGUAUUUUAACCGGUAAUUUCAAUGGUCUGAAACAUGAUACUGAGUUUCACAUUAAUUAAAUCUUAUUGUGGAACUCAAAGAGUUUGAUCACUGAAUUUGGCAGUUAUUAAUACCUAGGUACCCCUGCAGUGAUACAGGUGUUCAGGUACAUGUUCCUGAUGAUGAAGCUGCUUUUGAAUUUUGUUAUGUUGAAAUACAAGAAAUAACAAUGAUGGCAGCAAUUAAGGUCACAGAAACCAUUAGCUAAAGGGAAACCAUUGAAGAGUUCUGCAGUUUUCUUUUUUAACAAAGUGAGACUUCGGUGGUGGGAAGGAGUAAGAUACUUUAUUAUCACCCUGUGUUGGGUGUGGGUGGGUGUGCGCUUGCGUGCAGAGUGUGUGUGUGUGUGUGUGUGUGUGUGUGUGUGUGAUCCACUCCCUUCUCUUUGAAACUGGUAAGAUUAAAAUAGGGCAGAAAUCCUAUAUGUUACAAUUACAUAUUUCUGGAAAAUUUAGGAAAUCAACCAUUCUCCAGGCUCUCCAUCUUAUGCUUGAGUUGUUAUGUGCCAUAAUUGCUUUGAAUUCUCUUAUAAUCAAAUCUUACACUAAAAUUCGGAAGAAAUAAUCUACCUUCAUCUGCUUUCUAGAUUUUGUACAUCUCAGUUCUAAGACAAAGCUUAUUGAUAGCAUAAUUUUCUACACUCUGCAGAUUUGCAGUUGUUACCACUACAAAAAAGUUUGAGGGAAUUUUUUCCUUGUUAAAAUAGUUUCUGUUUCUGUAGAAACUUCAUUUUUAGAUUAAACUGUGAUGGGUGAGCUAUCAUAAUUCAAGAGUAAACAGGUCUUUUUUCUCUCAAGUAUUCAUUGUCAUGUGAUAGUAGUAAAGGCAUUAAAGAUGCAGCAAGCUUAUAAAUUACUAUUCUCUAAAGGAAAUAGGAGGCAUUUUCAUCUUUAUUAUUGUUCUUUUAGACACUUUGAUAAUAUAAAUGUUUAUGUCCCCUAUUAAAUCUGGUCAGAAAUCACUUUUGAUUUUGUUGGGUAAGUUAAAUAGUCUAUAGUGGGUAGAGUACUGAGUACAAGUGGUCCAAAGUAAGGUUAAAAAACUAAAAUAAAAUGCUAAAUCUUAAAAGAAACUGGUUUAUGCACUAAACGUUUUGUGCCUUGGUCUAAUAUUAACAUGAUGUCUGUGUAAAAUGACAAAAAAGAACCAGUGUUGAAUCAUGCUAUAUUUUCCAUCAUUGUGCAUUAUCCCAGACUGCUAAAUGUGUUCCUUCCAAGAAGUUUGAACUACUCUACACUUUUGCUGUCAUAUAUGACAGUCCUGUUGUUGUUAGAGAUUUCAGUAAUUAAAAUGGGAAACAGAAGCUUAAGAUAUUUUCCUAAUCAAAACUAUGUCCUUGGAACCACAUUAUUAUGAUGGGUUUUGUGCUCUUAUACAUUGGAUAUCUUAAGCUGAGUACAGUUUAGGGAUCCCUUCUAAUUACAGGAAGGUACUGCUUUCCUCAACACUGUGAUCUGACCUGUGACAAAUCUGUACUAUACACUAUGUAAAUGGCUAACAAGUCAAUUGCAAACAAACUGAAUGUACAAAUCUUAGUGCUGGUGCUGAAAUCUCUUCAGAAUAGUCAUCAUGAUUUAAAAGUUUGUUUAAAAAUUUGCAAGCAUCAAGUGUCAAUCAAAACUGAAGAUGAAACACUAAUGAAUGUUGAAUUUUCAUGCUCUAGGUGUACUUCCUUUUUAGAUUUUUUCAGUUCUCUGCUGUUUUUACCAUAACUGUUUCAUUUAAAUUUCCUACGCGCUAACUUCAUUUUGUGCGAUUGAAAUAAAAUUGCAGUAUAUACAUGUUGCUUGUUUGUGACAGUUAGAUGAUCUUCUGAAAUAAUUUGUUAGUUCUAAAAUAUAAGUUACCCUGAAUGUAAAAAAGAAAAAAAAAACACCUUAAGAGUCCAAGAUUUCACUACUUAAAGUUUACAUAUCACUAUUUCCGUAUGUUAUUGUURUUUGAAGAUUUCAUAAAAGUCAAAAAUACUAAACAAUGAAUACAAAGGGAAUGUAUGACAAUGUAUUUACUUUUUGUUUGAAAUAACUGUUGGGUGUCCCCAUUUGUCUUAUUUUCUCAGUACAAUUUGACACAGUGUCACAGUUGAGGUUAUAAAUGUUUGAUUCUAUUCCACGUU